AUGGAUACGGUUCGAUUAUUUUUUCAAUCAAAAAGUUUUCGACAAUCAAAAAGAAAAUUAAGUUUAAAAUCUCAAUAUUCACAAACAAUAUUAAAACCUGAUACAAUAAAUAAUUCAAAUAAUAAUCUUUCAAUUGAUACUGAUGAUACUCAAAGUUCAUCAAGUGAUAAAUUAUCUCGUGAAAUAAUUAAAUCAUUUCUUUCAACACAUCCAUCAUCAACGUCAAUUCUUUCAAAUUCUCCAUUAAUUUAUUUUGAACUUGAAUCAUGUUCAGGAUGUGCAACACCAUUACUAUCAGAUCCUACAAAAGAUGCAUUAGUAGCAUCGAAUGUUUCCGAAUUAGUAUCAAAUGUACGUGAAUUUACAAAUAUGUAUUCAUCAAAACGUCGUCGAUAUUUGAAGAUAAAUAAUAAUAAUAAUAAUAACAAGCGAAGACAACGAAGAGUUUCAUCAUGUCACAAUCGUAAUAUUCAUCAUACAUCUCUAUUGCAGUCAUCAUUACGACGUACACAAUCUAAUCGAUAUCCAGAUAGAAUAAGGAAACAUCCAAUGAAAAUAAAAUCUACAACAGAAAAAUUAACACGACGUUAUUCUCAACCAUUUCAAUCAACAUAUCGUCAACGAAAUGAAGAAUUUCGAAAGCUUUUUAAAGAAUUACCAAAUGAUGAACGAUUAAUUGUUGAUUAUUCAUGUGCAUGGCAAAAAGAUAUAUUAGUUCAAGGUCGAAUGUAUUUAUCUCAAAAUUAUUUAUGUUUUUAUGCUAAUAUUCUUAAUUGGAAAACAAGUUUAUGUUUAAAAUUUCAAGAUAUUCUUGAAAUAAAACGUGAAAAAACCGCAAAAGUUAUUCCAAAUGCUAUUGAAAUUAAAUCAAAAAAAGAUGAUAAAUAUUUUUUUGCAAGUUUUGUUGCACGUGACAAAAGUUAUGCACUAAUGUAUCGAUUAUGGCAAAAUUCAGUUAAUAAACAACCAACAUCAGCUCAAGAAUUAUGGACGAUGAUUCAUGAAAGUUAUGGUGAUGAUUUAGAUAUGACAACAGAUGAAGAAGAUACAUAUAAUAAAUCACCAUUAAACUUAUCAUCGAAGAAAACAUCAUCCAAACAAUCAAUUGAUAAAUAUGAUCGCAUAACACCAAAUUCAAUGCAAUCAAAAUCUUUACAACAAGAAGAUGAUCGUUCGAGUGGUUCAUCACAUGGUGAAAAUCCAACAGAUGAUGAUGGUACAGUUCCAAUUGGAGAAAAAGCAACAACAAAUAUAAUUUUACGUCAACAUCAAUCAAGUUUAACUAAACAAGAUACAAAUAUAACUUCUGAAAAUCUCGAAGUAUGUUAUCUAGCACAAUGUCCAUGUCAAUCACAUUUAGCAACUGAAUUAAUUAAUCGAACAUAUUCUAUGUCCGUCGAACGUCUUCUUGAUUGUAUAUUUGGUAAUAAUGAUUUUCUUGAUGCUUAUCGAGCAUCACGUCGUAUCAAAGAUUUUCAUGCUAGUGAAUGGCAAAUUAAUAAUGAAACAGGAAAACGAGAACGUCUAUGUACCUACAAGGUUACUGUUGCAGGUGUUAUUGGAUCGACAACAGUUUGUUCAAAUGAAAGACAAGUUAUUGAUUGUGAAUUAUCAAAAUCACAUUAUAUAUUGGAUACUGAAAUACGAAAUGAAGGAAUUAAAUAUGCAGAUUCAUUUUUUCUUGCUUCUCGUUAUUGUCUUGUACAAAUUGGACCUAAUAAAACGCAUUUAAAAGUUACUUGUGAAGUUAGAUAUGUUAAAAGUUUAAUGGCUAUUAUUAAAACGUUCAUCGAAAAAAAUGCCAUGGCUGCUCUUCAAGAUUCAUUUAAUGAUUUAAUGAAACGCAUGGAUCAAGAAUCUUCCAAACGCUCACGAACUUAUAGUACUAAUAAAACUACUGAAAAAGAAAAUGUAAUAGUAUUAAAUCCAAGAACAUUACGUCAACAACAAUCAGAUGAAUUAACUUCUUCCAUAAAUGAUUUAUCAAUAAAUUCACAACAAGAAGAAUCAAUUCAAGAUGAAAUUAGCUCAGAUGUAUCUGUACCAGACCGAUUAUUUUUAUCUAAAAAUGCAUUUUUACUAUCAUUUUGUCUAUUCACAAUGUUUCUUCUUCUUGUUGUAAAUAUAUUUUUAUGCGUAAAAUUAAAUCGUAUUGAUAAUAUGACUGAUCAUAUUAUACAAAUGUAUCCAUCAUGGUUACAUAGACAUACAUAUCAACAAGAAGAUAAUGAAUGGUCAUCAUUAUUAAGAAAACAAGAAGAAUAUUAUCAAACUCAAAUAAAUAAUCUUCAAUCUGUUUUAGUAACAACUCAUAAUGCCUUAAGAAAUGUAACUAAUGCAUUACAUGAAUUAUCGAAAGUGAGCAGUAGAUCAAAUUAA